CAGGGACAAGACCAGACUCUCCAGCUAGAAAAACCUCUCCAGGUUUCCGGUGUCUUUCCCGCACACUUUUACAGGACCAGCAUCAUGAUCUUGAAAGCAACACACAAGUCAGGGAUUGUCUUCAUGAACGGAACGGGGGCCUAUGGAUGCCCACUUGCAGAGCCUGGACCACAGCUGCUGGGAAUCGCCUAUUGAUCUUCACUCAAGUUAAACAUUGGGCUGAGAUGAUUGAAGUGAAGACCACUCAGGACCUCAGCAGCCGUGAGGAGGAGCUGGAGUGUAAGAUCUGCUACUGUGCCUACAACCUCGGUGGUCGCAGGCCGAAGGUGCUGGAAUGCUGCCACCGCCUGUGUGCCAAAUGUCUUGCGAAGAUCCAGGACCUGGGAGAGUCGCUCCCCAGUACCGUGGUGUGCCCCUUCUGCCGCUAUGUCACCACCCUACUGGAAGAGGCGCCGAGCAGCCUGCCAGAUGACUGCAACCUGGUGGCCAUUCUGGCUCUGCAAAGCAAAAAUCACAGGAACCUUCAGUACCACCAGGAGACCACCACGGAGCUGCUGCUGGACCCCAGAAACUUGAGCUCCUUAAGGGGGGGAGACCCUUCUGCUUACUCCUCCAUCCGAGGUUCUCCUAACUUUGUGGUCAUCACCAUCAUGGAGCCUCCGCCACCUCCCUCCCUGAGCCAGGACCCCCCGCACCGGCCACAUGGACCCCAUGCCACAAACUACUCAUCCAACCAGGACUCUAUGGCGCCCAUCACACACAGAUGGACUCUGUGGAACUGCGCCGCGCUCCUGUGCCAGACCUCGGCUCGGGCGCUUGUGUGGAUGCUGGGCCUGCUCUACUUCAGCUCACUGCCCAUGGGGGUCUACCUUCUCAUCAUGCAGCAGACCACCACGGGGGUGCUGCUGGUCAGCCUGGUCCCUGCCAGCCUGGUCAUGGUUAUGGUCUACGGCUUCUGCCAGUGUGUUUGCCAGGAGGUCUGGAGGUGUAUUCCACCAUAGUGCACGGGGCCAAUGGGGGAAGCUGCAUGUAGCGUAGGAUGCUAGCAAGCAUUUAGACCUGCAGUGUAGGUCUCACCCAUCAGUCUACAAAAGUCUUUUUCAGCCUUUAGGGGCCGCUGUACUACCUCCUCAUUGUGACAGUUUAUCCAGGGUGGAGGUCAUUACAAUCUUUUAUAGUUACAAAAGAACAUACAUGUGAUGUUUGUGUUUAAUACAUGUUUAGUCUAACAAUAAAAAACACCAAAAAGUGAUUUCCAUCCUCUUAUCUAGAGGGUCCAUAUUAUCACAGUGUGUGUAGCAUAUGCUGGCUGUAACUGAAAAUCUUAAAACAAUUCUCUUCACUAAGAGAAUUUGAUUCUUCUGAGAAUAUGAAGUGGCUGACGAGCUCAAACAUGACGUUUUAAUGAGCCUCACCUCAGGUGAAGCUGCACUUCCUGCUACUUCCUCAGUACUGGACUGUACCACCAGAGGGCGAUGUUAUGGCCCCGCCUUACAGCUGUAAUAGGUCACGUGACCUAAGAAGUGCCAUCGAUGACCCCAACAAUCCACACUCGCCUCAUUCUUCUGUGUGAUUAGACAGGAAACUUAAAGAACGAGAUAAAAAAUACAAGUACUAGUAAAGUCACGUGAUAAAAGAUGCUAGAAAGUCCAGAGUAUAAAUAGCAGAAAAUGCACGACAUGGCCGCCACAGUAAUAACACGUUUUUGAAGUCUGUUUCCCAUCCCUGUGGCCGUGUGGUUAAACUCCACCCGACCAGGCGAGCAAACAGGACUUUAAAACAAGUACAAGUUCCCCGUACACUUUGUCCUUGUUCCGCUGGUUAAGAUGAUGUUUUAAAAGCGCUCUUCCUUACAGCCUGUAGGGAUGUCACAUCAUUCCAUGUUAGUGAUGCAAUCAACAUUCCCACAUGCAGGCCGCAGAGACUGCUCAAUGCUUCUUAGCCUUCUUGUGAGGCUAAUUGUGGUGAAACACAAGCAUUAAAAUAUGAUAUAUACUUGAUGUUGUUAAAUUAUCAUUGGUUGCAUUUGCAUUGGUUUGCAUUACAAUGUGUUUGGUUUAUUUGAAAUAAACCAUACCAAUGGUUGCUUUAACACGUGUUAAACCAUAC